AUGGCUCUUAAUCCUCAACUUUUCCCGAAUGCGAUGCCAGUGCCUUUCCUCAACGAGAUGUUUGUCUUAGCCAGAGGUGGCGUUGAAUUUGAGAUUGACAAGAUCCCUGGCACUCAAGAUGGGAAAUUUAAAGCGAAAGGAACUAUUUACUUGUCAAACAUACGAAUGGUCUUUGUCGCGAAUAAACCUGUUGGGAAUCUUGUUGCCUUUGAUAUGCCCCUGCUCUAUGUUCACGAUGAAAAAUUCAACCAGCCAAUCUUCUUCUGCAACAAUAUUUCUGGCCAUGUGGACCCUGUUGUGCCCGAUAAUGAGCAUAGGGCCCUUUAUUCAACUCAUUCUUUCAAGAUUCUGUUCAAGGAAGGUGGCUGUGGAACUUUUAUCCCUCUCUUUUUCAACUUAAUUGGUUCUGUCAGACAAUACAAUCAGCACCAAGCUGCACAGCCUCGAGUGGACCCUCUCCAAGCAGCCCAAACUCCUGUGGAUGAGAUGAUGAGACAUGCGUAUGUUGAUCCUAGCGACCCCACGAGAAUAUUUUUGCAGCAGCCUAAUGCAGAAUCUCAGCUGAGACGCCGUACAUACCAGUCGCGUGAUACUGAAUAA